AAUAGAAUGGACUCUAAUGAAAUUAGUUCUAAUUCAAUUUGUCCAAAUAAACCAAAGAUUCCUUAUGAGCCAACUAAGACAUUUUGUCCUCAAUAAGAAAAUUCAAGCUAUUUAAAUUGGUAAGAAUAAGGGAAUGAUAAAACUAAUUCUGAACAAAAUUUACUUUAUGGAAAAUCUGCUUAUAAUAUACUUACAGGAUAGAAUGAAUUUGAUGGACAUUGCUGUAGCAAAAUGGCAGAAACAGCACGAAACAACUAAAAACAACUUUAAGGAUAAUUGGCUACUAUGUAAUAAUUGAAUAUAUUAAUAACCGAACAUUAAAAAUUAUUAGAUCGAUCCUAUUAACAAUUAAUAGAUGAAAAAUAAAGAAAAGAUCAAUAAUUAGCAAAAAGUUUAGAUAUCAGUUAAGAUCUAUCAAAUAAAGAUAAAAUAAUCAAUUAAUGGAAAGCUAAAUAUGAAAAAGAAAUCACUCUAAAUUAAUAAAGAGACAAUAAAAUUGAGUAAUAUUCAAUUAAAAUUUAGACAAUUAAAGUAAAAGAUUGAAGAAGCUAAAGAAAAAUAGUCAUAAUCAGUAACUAUAAUAGGAUUACAGGAUGAAAUAAAUACUUGGAAAAAUAGAUAUCUUAAUCUGAACAAAACAUUUGAUGAGACUAAGCAAAAGUUAAUUGAACUUGAACAUGAAUCAGAAAUCUUGAAAAACAAAUAACCAAACUAAGAUGAAUCUUCUUAAUCUACAAUAACUACAACAACAGUAAAACGAACAAAAAAAUAGGUUGAAUGA